AACCACUCGUCUUUAUAUUCCUAGUAACUCGAGUAAAAGAUUUUGUAAAGUUAGGCAACAUUUAGCGUUAGGUUGCAUGAUGAAAUUAAUCCAGACAAAAACAAACAUGCUCUUCACACUGAUUCUUCUGUUUCACACCAUGUCCGAGCAAGCAGAAGCUUCUCGUGAUGAUGAGGUGAGGAUCCUGAUGGUGGGAAUCCGAGGUCAGUCCAGAUUCAAGGCUUCAGAUCUUCUGUCAGGAAGGAAAGACGGAGGACAGGAGGACCGAGAGAUUGUAAAGACUCCAGUAAUUACAGACGGGGCUCGUCGAAUGAUGCUGGUCACUGGAUUAAACCUCUGUGAGGAGAACACAGCGAGACAUACCUUCUCUACAGCGCUGUUUCUCUCGUCUCCUGGACCUCAUGCUGUUUUAAUGCUCCUGAAUCUGGAAGAUCAACAAUCACAGCAGUGUGAUAUUGAGAAACGAGCUCAGGAGCUGCUGGGAGCAGAAGUAAUGCAGUACUGCAUUGUGCUUCUGCUGCGAAACCACCAGGAACCUUUGACAGGAGCGUCCAGAGACAUGAUCGACGCGUGUGGAGGAAGAUUUCACAUCAUAAGAGACUCUGAACCAGAACCUGCUCAAAGAGCAGCUCUCGUAGCAGAAAUACACAAGUUACUUUGGCUCAACGAUCUCAGAUUUCACUCAGUAGUGAGACAACAGUUAGAAACAGAAGAUUCCAGUCAAAGUGUGCAUGAAGAAAAUCAGAAGCUCUCUGGAAACUAUGAUGCACGAUGGAUUUUACUCAUUUUACUGAACGCUGCUUUUAUUUUCACUGCAGUAAGACAUGGACAUUUUCAUUUUGCGGAGACACUGUGCAUGCUUGUUAUCUUUUCCAUCACUUUAAGAGAGACUCUCAAUCCAGAUGUUGCUGUUCCUUUAAAUUUGAUUGCAUCCUCAACUUUCACAGUAGCUGCUGCGUAUAACGACUUCGCAAACUCACCACAUGGACACCGAAUCAUAAUGUUUUUAGUCAUGAUCUUCACAUUUCCCAGUAUGGUGUUGAUAGCAGGUCUGGGACUGACUUUAGGAACAGCUGUCAGUGUACAGACGUGGUCAGAUGUGGUCAUAGCGUGCCAUGCUGCUCCCGGAGUCACAUUCGGUGCUCAUUUAUACACUAUUUACUCCAUUAUACCAAAUCAAAUGCAAGCUCGUACAACUCAAAUAUUUGCAUUAGAGUUAUUCCUGUUUUGUUUCUUUGGAGUGACACUCUCGAUGGGGUUUGUGACUGUGUUUGAUCUGUUUGGACUGAAGAUGACAAUAUUCCUGCUCAUAUUAGGAUUUACAAAAAUGUAUUUCCAUUUAAAAAGUGAUUCCGUGAUAUGUGUUAUUUUUUUCCUGAUUUUUCCAUGUUGUUUUGUAUUUAUUGGUUCUUUAAUUUCAUUUUUAUACACUUUAUUAUUCCAUUAUAUUUUAUCAGUAAUUUGAAGCCAAUAAUAGUUAAUAGAUAACUGAUAACUGAAGUUAAUGCUGAUAUUGAUUUUAGGGUUAUGUUAAUAUUUCAAACAUUUAUUGAUGCUUCUUCAACUAUUUUGGCACUGCGUACUUUCAGGAAAUAAUCUCUCUUAUGACCAUCUUAUUUAUUUUGUUUACUAACGAGCGUUUAACAUCAACACAGACAUCACAGGAAACUCUCGAACAUUUACUGCGCAAUGUCAUUUCCACCAAAUUUCAAA